CUUCCUGCUCAGUUCGUCUGCAGCUUUAGUAUGGCAAGCAUGGAAUCGCCAGCAACGGAGGAAGUUUUGUCUCGCAUUCGAGAUUCUGUGGAACAGGAAGGCCAUGGUGCCUCCCAUGUGUUUGUCGUGCUCGGUGCUUCGGGCGAUCUGGCAAAGAAGAAAAUUUACCCUACAUUAUGGUGGCUCUUCAAGGAUGGACUUCUUCCUCCCAAGACCUUCUUCAUUGGCUAUGCCAGGAGCAAUCUGACAGUAGAAGCUAUCAAGAAGCAAAGUAUUCAAUACAUGAAGGUAAAGAAAGGUGAAGAAGCAAAGCUGGAACAAUUCUUCAAGCUCAAUGAGUAUGUGGCCGGAAGCUAUGACAAGGCAGAUGGCUUUUCCAAACUGAACAAGGCCAUCAAACAGAAGGGAGAUCCUAACAGGCUGUUCUACCUGGCCCUUCCACCAUCAGUCUUUGAGAGUGUCACCCUCAACCUCAAGGCAGUCUGCAUGUCAGAAAAAGACAAAUGGACCCGCAUCAUCGUAGAGAAGCCAUUUGGACAUGAUCUGGACUCAUCCAAUCGUUUGUCAACCCAUCUGGCGGCCUUGUUCCAGGAGGAACAACUGUACAGAAUUGACCACUAUCUUGGCAAAGAAAUGGUACAGAAUCUUAUGGUUCUCAGGUUUGGGAACCGCAUCCUCAGCCCUGUCUGGAACAGGGACAACAUUGCCAGUGUUGUCAUAAGUUUCAAGGAGCCGUUUGGCACUCAGGGAAGAGGGGGAUAUUUUGACCAGUUUGGAAUCAUCAGAGAUGUGAUGCAGAACCACUUACUCCAGAUCCUGACUUUGGUUGCCAUGGAGAAGCCACCUUCAACAGGAGCUGAAGACAUCCGAAAUGAGAAGGUAAAGGUGUUGUGAAGCAUCUUGCCCAUAAAGAUGGACGAGGUGGUGCUUGGCCAGUAUGUGGGCAAGAAGGAUGGCAAGGGAGAAGAGAAGGAUGGAUACCUUGAUGAUCCCACCGUCCCCAAGGGUUCAGUGACUCCAACAUUUGCCACUGCUGUGUUAUUUGUGAGGAAUGAGAGGUGGGAUGGUGUGCCAUUCAUACUCAGGUGUGGUAAAGCCCUGAAUGAGCGGAAGGCGGAGGUGCGUGUACAGUUCCGCGAAGUGGCUGGGGAUAUUUUCCCUACUGGUGAGGUGAAGCGCAACGAGCUUGUGAUCCGUGUCCAGCCCAAUGAGGCCGUGUAUAUGAAGAUGAUGACCAAGACUCCUGGAAUGGCCAUUGAAUGUGAAGAAUCUGAACUUGACCUCUCCUACGGAAGCCGCUACAAGGAAGUGAAGCUCCUGAUGCCUACGAAGCCGCCUAAUCCUGGAUGUCUUCAUGGGAUCCCAGAUCCACUUUGUCCGAUCUGACGACGAGCUGUCAGAGGCUUGGAGGAUAUUCACACCACUUCUGCACCAGGUGGACAAGGAAAAGCCCAAACCGAUUCCAUAUGUCUCGGCAGUCGCGGUCCGUCAGAAGCUGAUGAUCUUAUUGCCAAGAAGGGUUUCAAGUAUACAGGCACAUAUCGUUGGAACAGUGACAAAAAAUAAUCACACAUUCCUAGAGAAGGCUGCUCAUUUUUCUUUCACUGUGUCACUUUGGGAUUCUGUCACUGUCCACAAUUAAAAAAUCCUUUUCUUCAUUUGAAAAGUUAUGAAAACUGGUCUUUCUGUUUACUGAUAGUGUUCAGAAUGAUAUGCAAAAAUAUGUUAUUAUUGCAUAGUAUCAGUUAAGGGUUAUCUCCUGCUGAUGUUGUGAGGGUUUAAUGAUGUGAAGAGUAGUAUCUACACAUAUAUAUGUAACUGUGAAAAUAUCUAGUUUUACAGAUUAUUAAUAUAUUAUAUUGAAACAAGACAAGUAGAAUAACAGUAGAAAUAUGUUAUUAGAAACUAACAAGGUAUAUUUCUUGUCUUAUUACUUGAUGUAGAUGUUUUUUGCAUCCGAGGGAUUUGUGAUUGUAGAUUCAACAAAUUACUUUUUACGAGUGAACAUUUCUUAUUGGAGAGCAAAUAGAAAAUUGUCAUGAUUGGAUAAGUUCUUGUUGAAAUUAACUGUGAGAGUUUUAUUGAAAGAGAGGGGAUGUAUCAUUUUGUUGUAUGAAAUUUUAAAGUUUUCCAGGAUAUUUAUGAAGCUGCUUAUAUUUUGUAAUAGAACUGCUUUGAAUAUGUUGGGUAUGAUUCAUUGUUUCAUUCUUACAAUCAUAUGUGGGGAGACAUACAUCUGGUUCUGUGUAGACUUGUUAAUCCAGACUGUACUAUUCCUGGGUGAAGUCUUUCAUAUUGACAUAAAUACAUGUACUUACAAGUGAUGAGUAAUGUCCAUCAUGUAUGUAGACAGUCUCUACAGAAUUGUUAGGAAAGCAGGGUUGAGGUUUGAAAAGUCCAGGGUAAGAGGUUUGUUCAUCCAUACUGUACUAUUCCUGGGUGAAGUCUUUCAUAUUGACAUAAAUACAUGUACUUACAAGUAAUGAGUAAUGUCCAUGAUGUAUGUAGACAGUCUCAACAGAAUUGUUAGGAAAGCAGGGUUGAAGUUUGAAAGUUUCAUAGUAACCGACUUGUGUUAAAGGAACAAGUUAGAAAGGUCUUGUUAAUUCCGACAUUACUAUUCCUGUGUGAAAGCUCUGAGGUUAACAUAAAUGCAUGUACUUAAGAUAGUGAUGAGUAAUGUCAUUAUGUAUGUAGACAUUCUCAACAGUUGUUAGGAAAGCAGGGUUGAGGCGAGAAAAGUCCAUACUUACAGGCUUGUGUUGAAGGAACAUGUUUGAAAGGUCCAGAGUUAUCGGCUUGUGUCAAGUGAACACCAAGCCAUUCAGAAGCAAUAAUGUCAUGCCAUUACAAUGUUCACAAGCAACAAUAGUGGCAGUUUGUCAUAUUACUGUUGUAUGUGUGUGGAUGUUGUACUGUGAACACCUAGGGCAGGCUAUCAAUGUAGAUCAUAGAAAUCAUGGAAGUCACAUUGAGCAAAAAUGCAGAAAAACUCUAAAAAAAAUACAGCAACGUUUUUCACGUCACUGGUGAGUUUUGAAAUAUACAUGCAUGGAUUACUCACAAAUUAGCACUCUUAACUUAGGAUAGUAACAGCCCAUGAAUAAACACAAAACUUUGGGUUUGUGUGUUUAAAUUAAAACUGUAUUUCAUCAAAAGUUUAUGUUAGAUUUUAUCAAUAUAAUAUAAUUUUCAUAUCAAAAAUUGUUAAUAAUUCUUCCCAUUCAGAACAUUUCUGAUUAUUGUUCUUUUAAGCCCUAUCAACACCACCACAUGUACAUGUGAACUGAUCUCGUAUGUCUUGUCUCUCAUUUCUCACAUUUAGUAUGGGCAACUGUGUUGCAAAAGCUCAACUGUUCAUUUACUAGUAUGACAUCUGUUUUUUAUGUAAGCAAACUGUUAUUGCAGUUAUUUUCUGAUUCAGUUGAGGAUAAAAUUGCACAAAUAUCCAAACGUUAUUGUAUUUCCCUGUUGGAAUCUAAGAUGACAUUCACCUAAGACAUGAUAUGCUCUGAAUACAUGUUACAAGAUGCUGUGAACUCUCAAGUCAGUGUAUGGAUUUGCUCCGGCAUAUAUAAAAGAAACGACAGUACUAUAUAAAUCAGCUUGUUCUUUCUGAUCAAAAGAUGAACAUCUGCUCUUCUCUGGUCCUCUUUGAUAUACAAGAUUUGACUGAUUAUCCUGCAUUCGAGAUUAGAAUACAUAUCACUAUGUUAGACUUGGUCCCAGUUUUUACUUUGCCAUAGAAGUCUUUACCUUUACCUCAAAAUUAACUUUGGCCACAUUAACCGUUUUGAGAAUGCAACAAAUGAAAAUUCCACCUAGCUGUGACCAGUUCUAGAUAUAUCUGGUUCUUUCAUAUGAAAUAUGUGUAGAUUAUCGGUUCAUAUCAGCCCUAAACAUGUAACUGCAUAUGUCCUGUACCUUUAUAUCAAGUAUGUGUUGCUUCUUUAGUCAUAUCAGUGGUAAAACUUGUAAAAUCUUAAUAGGAUUAUAUCCAUGCUUUGUAUAGAACACAAUACUGGAAUGUCACAGUGAUCAGUGUUUGGGUAAUGGUGUGUUCAUGAUGGCAUCACCCGGUUGUUCUUCCAUGUCAUUCCUCUUCCAGUUUCCUGUGCAAUUUUGUUCUUCACUAUCCCCCAUAAUAACUAGUGGUUGGUGUUGAGAAACUCUUGGUUAAUACAUAUACAAGGUGCUCUUACUGCUACAUAUCAAAUGUUGGCGGUGGGGGUAGUCUAAUGGUUAAAGCGUACGCUCGUCACGCUGAAGACCAGGGUUCUAUUGCCCACAUGGGUACAAUGUGUGAAGCCCAUUUCUGUUGUCCCCUGCCGUGAUGUUGCUGGAAUAUUUGUAAAAGUGGCUAAAACUAAACUCACACAUCAAAUGUUAGCUGAUAAUUGUUAAUACCAAAUAUUAUUUUCAUUAAUCAUAUACCCAAAUGCAUUUUAUUUUAUGACAUUUUUUCCAGAAAUAUUUUCUUUACCACUUAUUUUAUAUUUUACACAUUACCUUUCUAGUUUUACUCAAAUUAUGGUUCAUAUAUAUCCAUAUAUUUCUUGUGAUACAGAUGUAUGUAAGCAUACUUUCAGGGAAGAAAGUGGCUUUCUUGGCCUUGGGAGGCAAGUUUUGAUCUAACAAAACAUUAAAUGUGUUUAUAGUUUUUAGAUUUUGAAAAUAGUUUUACAGCUUCACGUCUUUAAUGCAAUGCUAUUAUCUACUGUUUACUAUGCUAUGUGCUGUCUUUAUUGUUAUAUAAUAACACUAUUUUCUUUCUGUUCACAUGUAUAAAGUCAGGUAUCAAUAAUCAUCAAAACUGCUUUUACUAUUCAGUACUUUGAUAAUCAACUGUGCAUAAUGAAGUUACUUUUGAAUAAAAUCUAUUUUCUAGA